AUGGCUAAUGGCAGAGUGAAGGAGAGUUUCGAUUUACUGGAAAAAACCCAUCAAACCUCCUCUGGAGCGGAAGCAUUAAGUGAUUCUGAAGACAGCACCCUCACCGUCAUUAUUGUUGUUGUUGUCAUUGUCAUCCUCUUCAUCAUCAUUGUCGCUGCUGUCGUGGUCAUCUUUCUGAGGAGGAGAAGGAGAAAUGACAGAGCCGCUGACAGGCUCUCCCAAGAUGACCCGUCCACUAAUCCCAGGGAUGCGGCAUUGGUCAUGGAACCAGUAGAUGACCCACGGCGGGUCAUAGGUCAACCGACUGAGACGGGCAACAGUUCAGGCCACGAAUAUGAAAAUCCCUAUAACGAAAUAGAUGAAAUGCCGGCGAGCAGCAUUCACACCCAUAUCCCGAUCAUGAGUGCUGUGGCGGAAAUCACCAUUGCUUCACCGUCUCUCUCCACUGACCACGAAUAUGAACAUCCAUACAACGAUGCAACAUCCAUGCCGGCGAGCGACAUUCACACCCACGUCCUGAUCAUGAGCGCUGAGGCAGAAAUCGUCACACCUGAGGUUCCGCAGGCAAACACUGACACCAACCCCUAUAAUAAUGUUUCUGCCUCUGAACCAAGGUCAAGGGCGGGGCAGGAAGGUCAAGUUCGGAUCAUAGACCCUGCUGGAGCUUAUGAUGUGUUUCCGGCCCCAGAUAGUGUCGCUUUUGUUUCCGAUCCUUACACAAGCCUGUUACCCGAAAGGGAAAAUUCCCAGGCUGAUGACGUGGAGGAUUCGUAUCUGAAUGCUCAGGCUGGUUCUGCAGAGCCGGAGGGCUAUGUGAACAUGGAGGGAAUCAAGAAAGAGGAUGACACCCCUUAUGAGAAUGCUUAAAGAGACCAAGGUGUCUGCCUCGACUGAUGUUCAAGUAAAUCAUCUAUAGUGAGGUUCAGAAUUCCUGGCACAACUUAUUGUCAAAUAUCUCCUUUACUAUUGAACAUAGAUUCUACAACUUUUAUACAAUGACUUACAUCAAUUUGUCUUAACUGAUGAAUAUUUUUUCAAAUACUUUGACUUGGUGUUCUAGAAAAUUCCUUAAUAAAGACUAAUUUUAAAAAUCCCA